CGAGUCAGACAAAGAAAAAGAAAUCACGUUCUCUUUUCCCCUCGCAAAUGCGACGAGAAAGUGAUAGGAGGAAGUCUUUUAAAAUUUGCAAUCCUACCCACUCUGCAACUGCUAGAAUCUCAAAAGCGACCAUCAAUCGUAAAGAUUUUGACUGUAGUCUCUUUUCUUCUUCUUCUUCAUUUUUUUUUUAAUUAUUUUUUUGGGUCCGGAUGCGCCUCUGUGUGCUUGCUUACCAAACAUCUGAACUUAAAAAAUUUUGGAUUCAUAUUUUCCUUCGCCUUUUAAAUUCCACCAUUCUCCUGUUAAAUUUUAAUAAGUAAAUUACAAAAACUCUCAAACCAGGCGUUGUUCAAGUCAUGAACAAGUGAAUCACUCAUCACCAUUGAAUUUGUUUUUUUUUUUUUUUACUUUGCAGUUCACUUUUCUUCCUCCCAAGUCCCAAUUCCUAACUUUGAGUAAUCAACUGCUCCUUGUCAUCCUGAUCCAAAAGCAUAGCAAUCUCCUCUAAAUGUUCCUUCCACCUGAAAAGCCACUCUGCCACUUCCUCCACCUCCACUGACCUAAACCUUAGGUGUCCAGCUCCUACGCGGUAAUAGCAAAACCCUAAACCGCAGAGAUGGAAGCUCGCCGAGUCCCGCGGGCCGUGAGCGACCCCAAGGUCAGACAAGUCGGGUUUUUCGCUCCCGGCGCACCACCCGACCGGUCCCAAUCUGGUCCACCCCAUCCCGCCUCCUCCUCCCCUCCUGUCUCUGACAUCUCCCCCUCCGGCAACUCUCUGUCCCCGGUGAUGAUUCCUCCGCCGCGUCACCUUUCCGCCGAUCUUGCUCGUGGGCCCCAUUUCUCUCCUGCUGCCCCGCUCUCCCCUAUGCGUGCCGCUCGCGACUCUAUCCCCGUCGGCAGCUACAAUCCCUCCGAGUUUGUCGCUCCCACGGCCUCAGAGUUCACUGACGAUGCUCUCUCCCCUAAUUGGACUGCUCGCCGGAGCAAUUCUGGUAAAUUUGCUUCCUCCCUGCCAGCUGGUGGAUUUGAUAUGUCAUCCCUUAAGCAGAAUAAUUUCCCGGCUAGUAGUUUAACCACCGUCUCCAUUGUCAACAUGCCCCCUGGCAUAACAGAAAAAGAUGGCGGAGCUGGUGUUGAAGUGCAGAAGGAACGAUCGAAGACGGGAUCCAAGGCCAGUUCGAAGCCACUGAAAGAGCAGACCACAAAAGCAGAAAGGCGUGCAAUUCAAGAAGCUCAACGAGCAGCAAAGGCUGCAACUAAAGGUGAUGGUAGUAAGACACCAGCUGCUUCAUCUGGUUUGGGUUCUUCAGCAAAUGCAAACCCAGGGAAGGCUGCAAAGGCUUCUCCACAGAAGAAGGAUAACUCUCCUGUUGCAGCUUCUGAAAAAAGAGGCAGUGAUCGUCCACAAGACAAAGACAGGAAGAAGGAUGUCCCUCACCCCCGUAUGCAGUUUGAUGAUAAGAGCCGAGUUGAGAAGGCAAAGAAACGAUCUGUUGUUAAGCAGACCGAAGCAAAGAACAGGGUUGAACUGUUUAGGCAUUUACCUCAGUAUGAACAUGGAACAAGGCUCCCUGAACUUGAAUCGAAGCUGUUUCAACUAGAUCCUGUUCAUCCUGCUGUUUAUAAGGUUGGUCUGAGGUAUCUAGCUGGUGAUAUAUCUGGUGGCAAUGCACGCUGUAUUGCUAUGCUUCAAGCAUUUCAAGAGUCAAUUAAAGACUACUCAACACCGCCUGAAAAAGCUCUUAUUAGGGACUUGACUUCGAAAAUAAAUUCUUAUGUAUCUUUUCUGAUUGAGUGCAGACCCCUUUCAAUCAGUAUGGGCAAUGCUAUUAGAUUUCUUAAAUCAAAAAUUGCCAAAUUACCUUUGGCCUUGUCUGAAUCAGAGGCAAAAGCAAUUCUUUUGUCAGAUAUUGAUCGAUUUAUCAAUGAGAAGAUAAUUCUAGCUGAUAAGGUAAUAGUCAGACAUGCUGUAACAAAGAUUAGGGAUGGCGAUGUUCUUCUCACAUAUGGAUCAUCCUCUGCUGUUGAGUUGUUGUUGAUACACGCCCAUGAGCUUGGCAAAAAUUUCCGUGUUGUGGUGGUGGAUUCACGUCCAAAGCUUGAAGGGAAGCUGUUACUUCGCAGAUUGGUAGGAAAGGGUAUUAGCUGUACAUACACUCACAUAAAUGCUGUUUCUUAUAUAAUGCAUGAAGUUACUCGAGUAUUUUUGGGUGCUUCCUCAGUAUUGUCUAAUGGAACGGUUUACUCGAGGGUUGGCACUGCUUGUGUUGCAAUGGUUGCUCACCAGUUCCGAGUUCCAGUACUUAUAUGUUGUGAAGCCUAUAAGUUUCAUGAAAGGGUGCAGCUCGAUUCAAUUUGCUCUAAUGAACUUGGUGAUCCAGACAUGAUUGCAAAGGUUCCUGGUAGGAAAGAAAUUGACUCUUUGGAUGAUUGGGCCAAUAGUGAUAAUUUGCAGCUUUUGAACCUCAUUUAUGAUGCAACACCAUCAGAUUAUGUUUCGAUGAUCAUCACAGAUUAUGGUAUGAUACCUCCCACUAGCGUACCUGUCAUUGUUCGAGAAUACCGCAGAGAACAUCUAUGGACAUAGCGGAAUAUAACACCUACUAUACAUUUAUUUGAAGCUUCAGUGGUGGGUCUUGAGGAUGAGAGAGAGAUAUUGGCAAUCUUCAGCAACUUCAAAUUAGUUUCUCCUUGAUUUCUUUUUUGGAAUAAUGAGUUGUCUUUUCCAUGUACGUUAUGUUUUUGGUUUGAUUCUAUUUUCACCUGACUCUGUGAAGAGUGCGUUUCGUCCGCCUCUCCGAGCAGUUUUAGGAAAAUAUGUAACGUUGUUAUGAGCUUUUUAGCCCUCUUUAAGGAAAUUUGCAAUUUUUGCUCUCCACAAA